CGGUAGGCAACUGAUAUCACAUCACCUGGCCAGACACCCCCACCAUCGUCACCUUCAUGGCAUAGAACAUCUUAUUCGGGAGCCUUUCUUCCUAUACCAUUACCAUCAUAUCCUUCAUUCAAUCCUUUUGUUCAUUUCCGGUACCAUAUAACCUGUCAAAAACUCUUGCUUGACUACAUACCUCUACACACAUCAACCAGGACCGUCUCAGGUACCAAUCGUUGUACUGACAACGAACCACCGCCAUCCCGCCGUCCUUCUCUCUGUAUCACCGCCUCCAUAUACCUACGAAAUUAAAAUGACCGAACCAGAUUCCUUCAACCGACCGGGCUCCGCCACCGCCGCCCGUUACUUUACCUCCUCGAGUCCCCGACCAUCCGUCGCAAGUCGGACGAGUCGCUCCAGUCUACGGCGAGAGCACGACCUACAGGCAGACCAGCUACAACCUCAAAGUCGUCGCCUGUCGUCAGCACAAUCCCACACCCCGUCUCCUCAACCACCCCCUAGCGUCGAGGAGCACACGUUACCAGGGAUUGACCAACAACAACAACAACAACAACAACAACAACAUCAUCAUCAAGAAGGAGAGGAAGGGGGAGAACAAGGUGGCGGAUCACAGCCAUCGUUUUCUCCCCUCUUCACCCUUCUGUCCUCCAGCGUCCACUCCUCCCAGCGCCAAACCAUCCAUCAUCCAACCGUCCACUACGUCUUUGCCGACGACGACCCCGACAUCCUCACCGCUGCACUAGCGUACCAUCACCGGGGAGGAAGCGAACAAGAAGCCACAUCAAGUCCUGACAAUGAUGAAAGACUCUACAACAAGGAGCCGAGAGAUCGCGCCGUGAUCCUCGAUAUGGCGCCCUCCUCAAACGGCAAUGCGCUCCAAGUGGCAUGGGCAAGUAGCCUGUCUCCCGACUGGGCAGUGGUCUCGGCACAAGUGAUGCGCAUGGAAGAUCAAGCCAGCAGUGGCGGUGCCAAUGCAGCAGGAGGGGUCUUUGCAGCUUCGUCGCCAAGUCUACACACUGGUCCUUUGAUGCUCAAGAUCGAAGGGGUAGCCAUUGAGCCUUCGUCGUCGUCAUCAUCGCUAUCGUCAUCGCGUUUGGGCAGCGGCGGGAAAUUGUCGUCCACCCCAGAAGGUGAUUUGCAGUCUUCUCUGACGGGCAAGGGCAAGCAAGCUGCGACGGCGGCCCCUGCACCUGAAGAAUACCCGACUCUGCUGCAAGACUUUGAGAGGCGUAUAGGAGUGCUAAAGAGGGUCGCCGAGGCAGGUUCAGAGAGGCAACGGCGUAUAUCCUCUAUGGACCACCAAGGCUUCGAACAUGAUCACGGUGGUGGCGGAGCUAGCGGGCAAGGGGACGCACUUCUUGCCGAGGUGCGAGAAGGUGAGGAUUUGGGUGCUCAAGAUUGAGUGAGGGGUUGGGGGGCUGUGAGUUUUGGAUGCUUGGGGUAUAUGGCCCUCUGAUUUUCUUGGAGCCCACUUGAUGAAUCCAGGCAGUCUCACCCUCAUUAUCUUCUACCGACCUUUGACGGGCUCCCCCUUAUAUGUGAACGAAAGGGCGUACCAAGCCAUACAGCGUUGAACGGCGCGCUGCGCUUGCUUCCGAUUGGCAUAUCCUAAAUGAUUGUCGUAGGAUAACAUGAAUGACCUGACGAUAAAGUUCGACACUAUAGGGCACAUGGCGAUUACUCACAUUUUCUGAGAUAUUUGAUA